UCGGCGAGGCCGCCUGUGGAAUAAGACGCCAAAGUCAUCCCGGCGCGCGCACGCGGCACGAGUGCGUUUUAAUAGAGACACCGCGAGGCGUCGUCUGCCGAACUCGGGCUUUCUUCGGGGGGGGGGGGAGAGUUUUAUUUCGGGAGCGUGCGUGUAGAUCGGAGUGUGACAGCCAGAAAUCACACCCCCACUGGACUUUUUAUUUAUUUAAAAGUCACCAUGGCAGAGACGUCGACCGCUCCGGCCAAAGCCAAAAAGGCAGCCAAGCCCAAGAAGGCCGCCUCCCACCCCAAAUACUCGGAGAUGAUCAGAGCGGCCAUCGCGCACGACGCCAGCCGGAGCGGCGCGUCCCGCCAGUCCAUCCAGAAGUACGUGAGGAAGAACUACAAAGUGGGCGAGAACGCCGACGUGCAGAUCAAACUGGCCCUGAGGAGGCUGGUGGCGGCCGGGAGCCUGCGCCACACCAGAGGCAUCGGCGCGUCCGGCUCCUUCAGGUGGGCCAAACCGGAGGACGACAAGAAGCCCGCCAAGCCGGCGGCGGCGGCGGCGGCGGUACCCGCCAAGGCGAAGAAGGCGGCGAAGCCCUCCAAACCCAAAAAGGCGGCCAAGCCCAAGAAAGUGGCCAAGACGCCGGAGAAGCCCAAGAAGGCCGCCGCGAAGAAAGUGAAGAAGGUCGCGAGGAAGGCGACCCCGGCGAAAGCCAAGAAGGCGCCGGCGAAGACGCCGGCGAAGACGCCGGCGAAGAAGGCGAGCAAGGCGGUGAAGUCCAAGGCGAAACCGGCGAGGAGAGUCGCCAAGCCCAAGGGAAAGGCGCCCAAAAAGGGAGCCAAACCGGCCAAGAAGAAGUAAAAAAAAAAAAAAAAAAAGGACAAUAUCAGAGAGUCGCUGUAAAUACUUAUGGAAAUGUUUUCGUAUAUGUAUUAUUUUUGUAAUGGAAACUUACGCUGUUUAUUAGUAGUUUCUCCCCCGCGUUGCACUAUUGCUUGUAGAUGCUGUAGAAAUCAUUGCGAGCGUUAAUAAUGCUGUUAAUAUAUAUUUAACCCGUGAAUGCAUACUGGCUAAACAGGGGUGUUUAAAAGCAGGAGGAGGAAGAACGUACAUCCAAGAGCCAUUGUCAGCGCGCGGGGCCGCGCGGGGCCACGCCGGAGCGGACAUGGUCCUCCUGAAGGCUCCAUUCAGAAUAUUACACACAAACAUCCCACUGCGUUCAGACACUUUACUGCAAUUCAAUAAACCUUUGUCAGCUUCUA